UUCUGAGGAUCACUGAAGAUCAGGUUCUGAGAGUUUCAUCUUCAACCUGGUUAGAGAUCAUCUGCUAAGAUGCUCCGCAACAUCUUUCUUGUCAGCAUGCUCAUAUAUGCAGUCUGUGCAGUUCAUUGGGAGAUUCGUGAGGUGGACUCUGCUGAGGACCAAGAUGAAGAGAUCUCGGUUUUUCAGGCUGAUGAUGAAAUGAUGGAACAACAGUCAUCUCUUGAGUGCAAAAUAUGCAAACUGAUAAUGAAGCUGGUAAAAAAAAAAAUCCCGUCUAACGCAACGCCGGAUGAAAUCAAAUCCAAGCUGAACGACACCUGUGAGAAGGUCAGGUUGUUGAGAGUUCAGUGCAAGCACUUUGUUCAGAAGUAUCUGCACAAUCUGAUUGAUGAGCUGAUGACCGAUGAUGGGCCACAAACCAUCUGUACUAAAAUUCAUGUCUGCAAGCAAGAAUCACCCAUAAAGGAGAUCAUUUUUGUACAUGAUCAAGCUAAUGAGAAUUUCUAAAUGAGAAUAAAUGAUUACUGUGAAAGCAUAUAAGCAAUAAAAUAAAAUUUAUGAAUAAAA